CGUGCAGUGUGUAUUUAGGGCUGCGUGCGAACUUCAUAGCGGGAAACUUCGUAAUCGUAUUGCCUGACUUACAAAAAGUAUUUUGGCUGGAUUUGUAGGUAUUAAGCUGACACUAUGCCACGAGUGCCGGCCUCAAGCCAGAGGCAGAGUCAGGGUAGGAGAAGAAGGCCCAGAGAGGUAGUGGAUGCCGGCGGCUCAUCCAACUCAGACGAUGGUGACUUUGAGGUUAAUGGCACCCAAGCAACCAGCCAGUCACAGACUCAGUCCCUGAUGCAAGCGGACAAAGCUGCGGCCAAGCUCACCCCCGAACUCAUUGAGAGGAAGGUCGGGGAGUUAGUGCAGUAUCUACUUAUCAUGGAGCAGAGGAAGAUCCCGGUGAGAAGAGGAGACAUCACCAAGAAUGUUUUAAAAGAGUAUCGCAACAUCUUGCCACAUGUUCUGGAGAGAGCCAAGAGAAAACUCAAGCUGGCUUUUGGCUUUGAGGUCAUCGAACUCCUACACAAGACAGGGAGGAGUACCACCAAGAUGUAUAUUCUGCUGAACAAGAUUGAUGCCGAGAAACAGGGACAUUUCAUUGACAGCUCCAGGGAUGACCCCAAGGUUGGGCUGCUCAUUACCGUGCUCAGCAUCAUCUUCAUGAGUGGAGGCACAGUCACUGAGCCUGUUCUUUGGCACACCCUGAAAAAAUUGGGCAUCCGACAAGAUGAGAAAAACCAUGAGGUAUUUGGAGAUGUGAAGAAGCUUCUUACUUCUGAGUUUGCCUCCAAACAAAUGUAUCUGGACUACACUCGCAUUCCCAACACGGACCCGCCGGCCUACCAGUUCAAGUGGGGCCUCAGGGCACAGACGGAAUGCACCAAGCGGAGGGUGCUAGAGUUUGUCUGCAAGAUGUAUGGAAACGACAUGGACAUGAAGACGUGGAAGGAGCAGUAUCGAGAGGUAUUGCAGUCGGAAAACGCGGACCACGGAGACGACGACUCGGUUUCCUCAAAUGGAGAUAUGCAGUCUGACGACUCAGAAGAGUCCGACUGAGACUGCCGCCAUCUUCAACCCUCUGUUCCGUCAUCCUCGGCUUCAUAUACAUUCCCACAUAUACAAUGUAUGAACUUUUAAGAAAGCUUUUACAGAGAUUGCCUCCUUUUUAGCUCCAGAUGGCUGACUUUUGAAUAAGGUCUAUUGUAGCCAUGUAGUGUCACACUGCUGCAGAAAACUUAGAAACCAAAUGCUGUUAAUCAAGACCAGUGUUUAAGAAUUGUGGACCAAAUCCCACAAUUUUCCAAGAUUUUCUUUUUCAUCCAAGUGAAGUAAAUCUGCACUUCGACUUCCUUUUGAUUUUGACCACAGAAACAUAACCCUGGACAAUUCACAAUACACGGCACUGGCUAUCCGCACUGUGCACAAAGACUUCCUUCUCUGUUGACAUGUGGUGGGACCGUGCUCAAAUAACCCCCUCUCUGUUGACAAAUGGGGAGACAAGGGGUGUACUCAUUUAAACAUGUGACAGAUUUGUCACAUUGCAGUCUGUAAACUUGAUGCCAGAGACAUGUGAGAGAGCACGCAUGCCUGAUGUACCAUUGUGGUCGAGACACUGUAAGGCCAUCAGAGGUCAAAGCAGGCUUCGAGUACAAACUCAGGUCACAAGCUAUUCCAAAAGACUGCAACAAAAGCUGCAGUCUCGGUCUAGAGUAGAGCCAGUCCCCCCCCCCCGGUGUACUUAAAGUCAUACUGAAAUUGAAGGAUUGAGGACUGUCAGGGCCAGUCCGAGUCUGGUCUUGUGAUGGUCUAAAUUUCAUCGUGUCAAGGGAGAUUGUUCCUUGAUAAUAGAGAAACUCCUAUUCUGACAUGGCGGCAUACCACGCUGACGUAGUCACGAUGGUUUCUUUGGGAUAUACAGAAUAAUUGAUCAAAUACUUCAAGCAGCCAGGAUGAUGUUAUUUUUUUCAGAAGAAAAUAGCAAUCUGACAACUGGGAUGUCAGGACGGCUAUAGAUGGUCACUUGAAUGACUGAAGGGAGGAGGUUAAAUCCCUGAAUGAAUGGUCCACUGAUCUACCUGUUGUUGCUUAAUACUGUUUUCAGCUACAUCACACAUUUGAUGUCAUUCCUCAUUUAUUUUGUUUUGGUAUGAGUUUGUGAAGACACCUGUUUUAUUAAAGCUAUUUAACGUAGAGUUUCAAUAAAAAAAAUUCUGGUAAAGAUGUAUUCACGAUAACUCCUUCACUAGAGAGGCUUUCUACCACACACCCCGCACAGCUAUUGUUCUUCAUUUUUCAAUUCACUAAGUACAACUAUAUACAGUCAUCUCAUAAGCCCUAGAUGACAUUAAAAUCGCUUAUCCAAGAAAGGUAACGAGGUCGAGCAUAUAGCCAAAACCGUGAGGAUGAGCGGAAACGCCUUUGCAUCAAAGAUCAGAUUAAUCUGAAGAGCAGCGUUGGAUUACUACCUCACUCGUGCACGUCGACUGAAGAAAAGUAACCCUGCAGCUUGGUAUCUCGAGAUCCGCGUAAUGACGGGUGGCAGACGGGGUCAGCCGUACAUCGGAGUACCUGGCCUUGAUUCGGCUGAUGAUAAAACAACUGCAAAUGCAAUCAACAAUCACUUCAUCUCAGUUACCCUAGAUGUGGAUCCACUGACCACUUCAAAACUACCUGCAUUUCUUCCGGCACCCCAAUCGAACCUGAUGAUAUAUCGAUGGGAUGUAUAGAGAGAGCGCUUGCGAAAGUCAAGUGUAUGUACCACCGCUUGAGGACCCGAUGGCAUCCCCACAAAAAAAAAAUACGCGAAUUUUCUUAUGAACUUGCAACACCUCUCGCUCAUAUCAUCAAUUAAUCUAUCCAACAAAAUAUUGUUCCUAAUGAAUGGAAACGAGCAAUCUUGAUCCCAAUUCCGAAAUCAAAUCCGCCCCAGAAGAUUUACGACCGACGUGUCACUCACAGACCAUUUUGCAAAAAUCAUGGAAGGCUUUGUUGCUAAAUGGGUACCAAGCGAUAUUCUACCACAGUUGGGUUCGAUGCAGUUUGGCAACCGGAAUUAUUUGUCAACAUCACACUGUAUUGUCAGCAUUUUGCAUGAUGUGUUUGUUAAUGCGAAUAAACCGAAAUCCUCUUCCACGGUUGUUGCAACUGAUUUUUCAAAAGCGUUUGACCGUAUAAAUCAUUCCAUAGCCGCACGUAAACUUACCAGCCGUAGAGUUUGUCCCAACCUUGUGGCCUCGGAUCACGAGUUUUUUUUUAAAUGCGCACGGUUUAGAUCAUCCCUUUCAAACUGGUCAACGUUGCAUGCUAGAGUACCACAGGGGACCCGUUUAGGCCCCAUAAUGUUUCUUGUAAUGAAAAACGGCGCAUCAUCUAACUGCAUUAAUGCCUAAAAAUAUGUAGAUGACAAUCGGUCGAAGUGGAAAUGAAGCUCUAACAUGCAAAGUGCUGUUUCCAGCCUGGCCAGUUGGUCACAUCAGAAUAAUAUGAAAUUAAACUCGAUAUGUUCUGUGCUGCAUAUCAAUUUCACUUGAAACCCAGUUUACCGUCUGCAGUUUGUACAGAUAAUCACCCGUUGCAAUCUGUCAAGUUAAGGCUCCUAGGUAAUAUCAUAUUAGUGCCCAGGGCUUAUUAGUGGCUCGGUAUCAUUAUGUAACAUGUAAUACUCCUGCUGUGAUUGAUGAUGUAAAUUGCAAGAGACAAUUUGUUAAUGAUACCCAUUUCAGCCUUGGGGCUGCAAUGUAUUGUAUUUAACAACGACAACGGCAACACCGGCAGCAGCA